AUGCCAAAGAAGGAAAAUCAAAAAGAAAAAAAGAAACUGGAAUUUGAAGAGGGAGAGUUUAUACCGGAAGGAGAAAAAAAGACUGUUACAAAGCUUAAUGGCCAGUUCAACCCAAAGACCGUGGAGAAUGGAUGGUUUUCAUGGUGGAACAAAGAAGGAUUUUUCACUCCAGAAUACAAAACCAAGGCAUGUAAUGGAAAGAUGUUUAGUAUAGUGUUACCUCCUCCAAAUGUGACAGGAUCUCUUCACUUAGGGCACGCUAUGAUGGCCUCAAUUGAAGAUACACUUGUUAGGUGGAAGAGAAUGCAGGGGUACAAGACUCUCUACCUUCCUGGAACUGAUCACGCAGGAAUAGCAACACAGGUGGUUGUAGAGAAGUCGCUUGAGAAGCAGGGGAUGUACAGGAAAGACAUGACUAGAGAGGCAUUUUUAGAAAAAGUAUGGGAGUGGAAGAACCAGUAUGGCAGCCGUAUCUCAGAGCAGUUUAAGUCGCUGGGCACUAGUCUGGACUUUACUAGAGAGAAGUUUACAAUGGAUGCAGAUGUUUCUCUAGCAGUAACAGAAGCCUUUGUUAGAUUCUAUGAAGAGGGUUUGAUUUAUCGAGGAAAUAGGCUGUCCAACUGGUGUGCAAAAAUACAAACCAGCUUAAGUGACCUAGAGGUGGACUACAAGAUGGUUGAACCAUAUGGAAAAAUAUUCACUGACGGGAAGGAGUAUGUUGCUGGGAGAAUAUUUACAAUUAAGUACAGUGUGGAGGUUGAUGGAAAGAUGGAAACAAUCCAUGUACAAACAACAAGGCCUGAGACUAUUUUUGGCGAUGUAGCACUGUGUGCUAAUCCAAAUGACAGCCGGUAUGCCAAAUUUAAGGGCAGCUCGCCUAUCAAUCCACUUACACAGAAGAAGAUGCAGUUUGUAUUUGAUGAGGCAGCUGAUAUGUCUUUUGGAACCGGUGUGCUAAAAAUAACACCUGCCCAUGAUCACGUUGACUUCGAGGUAGGAGAAAAACACAAUCUUGAGAUGAUAUCUAUUUUAGACAUUAACAACAGAAUGACAGUUGGGCCGUUUAAAGGACUUCUUAGAUUUGAUGCAAGGGAAGAGACUGUAAAACUUCUCAGAGAAUUGGGAGUUUUGGUGAAAGAAGAGGGCCACUCUUCAAACCUUCCAAUUUGCUCAAGAACAGGGGAGGUGAUAGAGCCUAGGCUUACACCACAGUGGUGGAUGAACUGCCAGAAGCUUGCAAAGAAGGCGCUUGAAGCCUCGCAGUCUGGAGAGUUGAAGAUUGUUCCAGAGGAGAUGAACAAGACAUGGGAGGGAUGGCUCCUGAACAUUAAAGACUGGUGCCUUUCCCGUCAGCUGUGGUGGGGGCACAGAAUACCCGCGUAUGCUAAGGAUGGAAAGUGGUACAUUGCAAGAAGUAAAGAGGAGGCAGAGAAGCAGGCAGGCGGGCCGGUUGAGCAGGAAGAAGAUGUUCUCGACACAUGGUUCUCCUCUGGGCUGUGGCCGUUCUCUACCCUUGGAUGGCCAAAUGAAACCGAAGACCUGAAGACCUUCUACCCAACAUCUCUUUUAGAAACAGGAAAAGAUAUUAUUUUCUUCUGGGUGGCCAGAAUGGUGAUGAUGGGAAUUGCCCUAACAGGAAAAUGUCCAUUCAAGAUGGUUCUAUUCCACAGCAUAGUAAGAGAUGCAAAGGGAGAGAAAAUGAGUAAGAGUAAAGGGAAUGUCAUUGACCCAGUUGAUGUUAUAUCCGGCACCACUCUAGAAAACCUUCUGUCCAAGCUGAAGACAGGGAAUCUGUCCCAGAAUGAGGUGGAAAAGGCAACGGACAGUAUAACACAGGAGUAUCCAGCAGGAAUUGAAGCAUGUGGAAGUGAUGCUCUGCGAUAUGCGCUUCUUUCCAGUGCUUCUCUAGGGCGGGAUGUAAACCUAAGCAUUGAUAAAGUUCUAAGCUGCAGGCGAUUCUGUAACAAGAUAUGGAAUGGAAUGAAGUUCGCACUUUCACAGAAGCCAGGAGAAGGCAAUGAAAAGGUUAAAAAGGGAUCAUUUGAGGAUAUCACAGACCGCUGGAUUGAAAGCAGAUUUAACAAGGCCAUUGCUAGUGUAAAUGGCUCUUUAGAGUCCUCUAACUUCAUGAAAGCCGCAGUAGAUGUGCACCAGUUUAUGGUCUAUGAGUUCUGUGACUUCUACUUAGAGCUGUUUAAGGGCAGAAAGGAUAUAUCUGGUAUUAACACUCUGCGAACAGUCUCUCUUAACUUUAUUAAGCUUAUACACCCACUCUUCCCCUUUUUAACAGAAGAGAUAUAUCAAGCAAUGAAGAGCACCUGGGAGAUAGAAGGAUACACAUGGAUGGACUCCAUUACUGUUGAAGACUACCCAGCAGCAAGCGCUGAUAUAGAUGAGGGCAGUGAAGAUUUACAACGGAUUGAGUCUAUCAUAGAGUUCAUUAAGGAUGCUCGGUCUAAAAUAGCCACACAAACCACUAUAAUCAAGGUUGUGAUAAAGCUAUCUAAAAUAACUGAAGACUUAGCCAUGCACCAAGAAACAAUGAAAAAGCUAAUUGGAGUUGAGAUUGAAUGCACCAGCACUGGCGUGUUUAAUGAGUCUGCUGCUGGCAUAGAGUACUCUUUAGUCUAA